UUACACGGUUGUAAUUGAAGAACUAGCAUGCAGUGUUCUCCGCGACAUUAACUGAUUACCUCAGACGAACGAAAUCUGUCAAUGAAAAAUGUUGCCGUGAAGUAUGUUGAUAUCGAAACACGUCAACGUUUCUCUAGACAUGGUGCACCAUCGAAUUAUUCAAAUAUAAAGGAUUUGAAAUUGGUCGUUUUUACAUCAUUUCUCAAUUUUUCUUAUCUAGCUGACAUUCGUGGAACGCUCUUUACGUGGAACAAGUGACAAUCGAUCAAAAUGAGCAAGAAGAUUCUGAAAAGAAAAGAAAUGCUGUCAUGCCGGGACGUAUUAUGGUACCUCGUCUUCUGCGGCUUUGCUAUCAACUACAUGUUGAGGAUCAAUUUGAACCUAACGAUAGUGACGAUGGUGAUACCUCAUACUAAUACCGCAACUGCCCAGUGCGAAUUAGACAUCACAAAUCCGACUUUGAAUAAAACGAUUCUUUACAACGAUACACUUACGUCAGCCAACGUCACGUAUGACGAUCGCUUCUCUUGGGACGCUUACGAGCAAGGUCUGGCGCUGGGGGCUUAUUAUUGGCUGCACUGGUUAACGCAGCUUCCUGGUGGGCUUUUGGCGAGACGUUACGGAACGAAGCUUGUUUAUGGCUUAGGAAAUUUCCUAACGGCGCUUCUCGGUUUCCUAAUUCCGUUUAUGACAGAGUAUCAUCUGAACGCGCUCAUUUUUCUACGAGUUCUUCAGGGUGUGAUUGCAGGUGUCGUAUGGCCUUCGAUGCACGAUAUGACAGCUAAAUGGAUCCCUCAGAAUGAGAGAAGCAGAUUCGUCAGCUCUUAUUUGGGCAGUUCCAUAGGCGCUGCCAUAACUUAUCCAUUGUGCGCUGCCGUUAGCAACAGUUUUGGUUGGGGUGCAGCCUUUUAUGUAACGUCUCUACUUGGCGUGAUUUGGUAUUGUUUCUGGAUAUUCUUCGCAUACGAUUCUCCUCAGCAACAUCCUCGAAUAUCAGAAGAAGAGAAGAAACAUAUCUUGGAUAAUCUGGGCACCACUAUAGAAGACAAGCAAACUGCGAUACCAUGGAUGUCAAUCUUGACAUCGCGACCAGUUUGGGUCACCAUUGCUGCCCACUGGGGUAGUGGUUGGGGUUUGUUUACACUCAUGACACAAGCUCCAACUUACUUUAACUUUAUUCACGGAUGGAACAUUAAUGCGACUGGUAUUCUUUCUGGAGCACCGCACAUACUCAGAAUGGUUUUCUCCUAUUAUUUCUCCAUCAUGAGUGAUUGGCUAACACGCACUAAGAGAAUGAGCUUAACGAACGUUCGAAAACUGGCAACGUUCAUCAUCACUGGCGUGCAAGGUAUCUUUAUCCUGGCUUUGGGAUACAGCGGAUGUCAUCCUACCUUCGCGGUGAUCUUCAUGAUGGCAGGAACUACGGUCAAUGGCGCAGUGUCAGCCUCUACUUUAGCGAACUUCGUUGAUCUCAGUCCAAAUUACGCUAGCGUUCUCCUUGGUUUUGCCGGAAUGAUUGUGAUAUGGUGCGGCUUCCUCUCGCCAGCAGUGGUCGGGGUUUUGACGUACAAAAAUCAAAAUGUAUCGCAGUGGCGCAUUGUCUUCCUUAUAGCUGCUGCGAAUUCCAUCGUAGGGUGUGUUAUAUAUUUAAUAUUUGGAACCUCGAAGGAACAAUCAUGGAACAGUCAUGAAAAUCCAGGUGUCGAAGGAGGUCAAGAAAUGCAGAAAUUAACAGGCACUGAAAAAGGUAAAAUGAGAAAAGGUGGAAAUUCACGGACUUGAAUUCUUCGUAGUGUAAUUUAUCAAAUGUAAAUCAUAAGUAAAACCGGUGAAAAGUGAAGCCGAAAACAUUCAACAAGAUAAUGAACACAUGUUUAAAGGAUAUCUUUAUAAGAUUCAGUGAACUUAGCUAUUUUUAUUAAUUGUAUUGAGAAUUGACAGAGCUUUUGUCAACUUUGUUAUUUUAAUGAAACAAAAUGUCAUCACAUAAUGCAUUUGCAGCUCGUAGUAUUUCAGAUUGUACUUAAAUACGUAGCGAUGUUUCCCAGUAUUAACGACAUUAUAUUCAUUGUAAAAAGUUUAAUUAUGUUUCUAAUAACUCACGAUUGAUUUUAUUUGUAUCGAAAGUUUUACAACGAAAUAGUAAAAAGAAGGGAAUUAAAUGAUUUGUUAUUUUUCCUGAUCGAUCAAUUUCCAAAGAGUUAUAAUUGGUACAGAAUAUGAAGUCCUAAUGUGCGUUUAAACUCGAGCCGCUUAUAAAUUGAUUUUGUGUAUAAUAUUAUGAUACACAUUACAGUCUCUUAAUGUGUCAUAUAUGUAUACAUAGAAAUGUGGUGUUAUUAAUGAUUACCAUUUUGAAUUUACAUAGA